AUGAAUCACUGCAUAUCACUCACCAAGGUUCCACACACCUUCGUCCCUUCAGUCUUUCCCUCAUUCGCACUGACUCCAGACCGGCCACAGCAACGAGGAGUAGAAUUGGAGCCUGACCCACACUCCCAGCUCAAGUCCUCCAGAAGCCAAUCUCAUGUCAACGUCAACUUCAACUUCAACUUCAAGCACCUACUUAUAAACAAAGAAGGCGCCAAACAGGCAGCUGCAUAUGUCUCUACAACAAAACAGCAGCAGCAAGUAAAACAAGACCUCGAGCAAACCCCUCAGAGCUCAAAGGAGGAAACUCAACCAGUCACGCGGUCCCAAAUCCCACCCCGCAGACGACGCGCAGUAGUCGAGCGGCAAAGCCCGCAGGCCCGCAGCAACCCGAGCGCAAAGGCCCUCGUCCGUGGGUUCAUGGUCCGAAGUGAUUCCAAGGAGGGGGGACCCGGAGCCUGGAAGAGGAAGGAGAAGGAGGCUACAUGGGAGCCGGAGCAGGAUCAGAAGUGA